AUGAAAGAUAACAAUAAAUCAAUAAUACUAAAAAAAAACAAUUCUAUUAAAUCUAGCUAAAGUGAGUAUGAAAUUGGAUUCUUAUUAAAGAAUAUGUACAUAAAUGAAAAUGAUAAAGAUGAUAUUAACAAAACUAUUAAAUCUUACUUAAAUUAGUUUAUAAUUUCUAAAGUUUUAAUUCAUAUGAAUAAUUAUGAUGCAGACUUACAUAGAUUAGAUUAGCUUUUGAUUGAAUUAGCAAAUUUUUCUAAUCUUUCUCAUUUAAUUAUUGAUUUAAACCUAUCUCAAAUAGAUUUACAAUCAUUUUCAUUCUCUUUAAGUCAAUUUUCUUCUAUUUAAAAUAUCAAAUUCCUUUGCUUAAGUCUAUUUGAGAUUGGAGCAGGAGAAACUGAAUGUGUGCAUAUUUCCUAAGCAAUUUAAUAGUUCAAAUCUUUAGUUUCAUUAGAUAUUGACAUAAAAGAGAACCAAAUUAAAGAUUAAGGUCUGAUUACUCUUUUUUAAGGAAUUUAAAAAUUAGAAAAUCUAUCUUGCUUGAAAUUAGAUAUUGGGCAUGGUAAUAUAGCUGAUGAAGGAAUUUCAACUGCUGGAUAAAUAGUUAAGGACAUGAAUAGGCUUGAAGACUUUAAUUUAAUCAUAUGGGAAAACGAAUUUAGUUGCAAAGGAUUAACAAUUUUUGCUAACAACUUAAUCUAUUGUUAGAGGCUAAAAUAUUUGAACCUGUAUUUAUCAGAGAAUUUUAAUCUAGACAAUUUAGGAUUUUGCCAGUUUUUAGAACAAAUUGGCCACAUAAAAGGUCUAUAACAUUUUGCACUUUAUCUUGUAUAUUGUAAAUUAAGCAUGUCUCAACUCAUUGAUUCAUUUUUACAGAACUUAAAGAAACUAAAAUAAUUAAAUACAAUAGAAAUUCAAAGUUAGUAUUACUCUAAAGCUGACGAAUUACUCACUAGUCAUUUAAUGAAAUUAAAUAGAUUAGUAAAAAUGAUUAAAUGA